ACGUGCAGCCGCGCCGGGUGCAGGAUGGCGGCAGCUGCGGUGGGUGUCAGAGUCCGGGACUGCUGCAGCCGGGGCGCUGUGCUCUUGCUCUUCUUCUCCCUGUCCCCUCGGCCCCCGGCCGCCGCCGCCUGGCUGCUGGGGCUAAGGCCGGAGGACACCGCUGGAGGCCGCGUGUCCCUGGAGGGAGGCACCCUACGGGCGGCAGAAGGCACCAGCUUCCUCUUGCGCGUCUAUUUCCAGCCCGGGCCCGCGGCGCCAGCGGCGCCGGUGCCCGCACCCACCCUAUCCUUGGGAGAGAACAGCACCGGCGACUGGGCUCCGCGGCUCGUGUUUAUAGAGGAGCCGCCAGGCGGGAGCGGCUUGGCGCCCAGCGCUGUCCCCACGCGCCCUCCGGGGCCGCAGCGCUGCCGCGAGCAGAGCGACUGGGCGUCGGAUGUGGAGGUUCUGGGGCCCCUGCGUCCUGGAGGCGUGGCCGGCUCGGCUCUAGUUCAGGUGCGAGUGCGAGAGCUGCGCAAGGGUGAGGCAGAGAGGGGCGGCAUGGGCAGUGGCGGGAAGCUCUUCUCGCUGUGCGCCUGGGACGGGCGCGCCUGGCACCACCACGGCGCCGCUGGCGGCUUCCUGCUGCGCGUCCGCCCGCGGCUGUACGGGCCAGGCGAGGGCCUGCUGACCCCAGCGUGGCUGCGGGCGCUCGGAGCGCUCCUGCUGCUCGCCCUGUCUGCCCUGUUCAGCGGCUUGCGCCUAAGCCUGCUCUCGCUGGACCCGGUGGAGUUACGGGUGUUGCGGAACAGCGGCUCGGCCACCGAGCAAGAGCAGGCGCGCCGCGUGCAGGCGGUGCGCGGCAGGGGAACCCAUCUGCUCUGCACGCUGCUCCUGGGCCAAGCCGGAGCCAACGCGGCCCUGGCCGGUUGGCUGUACACCUCGCUGCCGCCGGGCGUCGGGGAUCCGGGGGAAGACUACGGCGAGGCGGGGAUUCACUUCCCGUGGCUGCCGGCGCUUGUGUGUACCGGAGCCGUGUUCCUGGGCUCGGAGAUCUGCCCCUACUCGGUGUGUUCACGGCACGGGCUGGCCAUUGCCUCGCACAGCGUGUGCCUGACCCGGCUUCUGAUGGCGGCCGCUUUCCCCUUGUGUUACCCGCUGGGCCGCCUGCUGGACUGGGCGCUGCGCCAGGAGAUCAGCACUUUCUACACAAGGGAAAAGCUGCUGGAGACGCUGCGGGCCGCGGACCCCUACAACGACCUGGUAAAGGAAGAGCUCAACAUCAUCCAGGGUGCCCUGGAGCUGCGUACCAAAGUGGUGGAAGAGGUGCUGACCCCCCUCGGAGAUUGCUUCAUGCUUCGUUCCGACGCCGUGCUGGACUUCGCCACAGUCUCCGAGAUCCUGCGCAGUGGCUACACUCGCAUCCCGGUGUAUGAGGGCGACCAGCGGCACAACAUUGUGGACAUUCUGUUUGUCAAGGACUUGGCCUUCGUGGACCCCGACGAUUGCACCCCACUCCUCACUGUCACCCGCUUCUACAACCGGCCCCUGCACUGCGUCUUCAAUGAUACUCGGCUGGACACGGUGCUGGAAGAGUUUAAGAAGGGAAAAUCUCACUUGGCCAUUGUUCAGCGAGUGAAUAAUGAGGGCGAAGGAGACCCCUUCUAUGAGGUGAUGGGUAUUGUUACACUGGAGGACAUCAUAGAGGAGAUCAUCAAGUCAGAGAUCCUGGAUGAAACCGACCUCUACACCGACAAUCGGAAAAAGCAAAGGGUCCCACACCGGGAGAGGAAGCGACAUGACUUCUCCUUGUUUAAGCUUUCUGACUCGGAGAUGAGAGUGAAGGUCUCGCCACAGCUUCUGCUGGCCACACACCGCUUCAUGGCCACAGAAGUGGAGCCCUUUAAGUCUCUGUACCUUUCGGAGAAGAUCCUUCUCCGGCUCCUGAAACAUCCCAACGUGAUCCAGGAGCUGAAGUUUGAUGAAAAGAACAAAAAAGCCCCGGAACACUACCUCUACCAGCGCAGCCGCCCUGUGGACUAUUUUGUGCUGCUUCUCCAGGGGAAAGUGGAGGUGGAGGUUGGUAAGGAAGGCCUUCGCUUCGAGAAUGGAGCCUUCACCUACUAUGGUGUCCCAGCCAUCAUGACCACUUCUUGCUCAGAUAACGAUGUGCGGAAGUUGGGAAGUCUGACUGGAUCCUCUGUCUUUCUAAACCGCUCCCCUUCUCGCUGCAGCGGGUUGAACCGCUCUGAGUCUCCCAAUCGUGAGCGCAGUGACUUUGGGGGGAGCAACACCCAGCUGUGCAGUAGCAACAACAACCUCUACACUCCUGACUACUCAGUCCACAUCCUCAGCGACGUGCAGUUUGUGAAGAUCACACGGCAGCAGUACCAGAAUGCGCUCACUGCCUGCCACAUGGACAGCUCACCCCAGUCCCCCGACAUGGAGGCCUUCACUGACGGAGAUUCCACCAAGGCCCCCACCACCCGAGGCACACCCCAGACCCCCAAGGAUGAGCCUGCUGUCACCCUCCUGAACAACAGGAACAGCCUGCCGUGCAGCCGCUCAGAUGGGCUGAGAAGCCCUGGUGAGGCCGUGUACCUGAGGAUGGAGGAGAUGGCCUUCCCCCAGGAGGAUGUGACAGACUUCAAGGAGCACAGCACACAGCAGCUCUCGCUGCCUCCUGCAGCUGUUCCCGCAAGAGCAGCAUCAGAUAGUGAAUGCUGUAAUAUCACCCUGGAUACAGAGACCAGCCCCUGCAGUAGUGACUUUGAGGAAACCGUGGGCAAGAAGCUGCUGCGAACCUUGAGUGGUCGAAAAAGGAAGAGGUCACCUGAUGGAGAGAGAGCCUCUGAAGAGAACUCCAAUUUAACACCUCUGAUCACAUGACAGGGCAGACAGACAUCUUUUGCUGGGUGUGUGACAUUCCAGAGCUUUGGGGGAGAACCCACCCUCCCACCAUCUGCUUCUCCCCAAGGCCUCCCACAGGUGACAGCAUUCUGCUUCCCUUACCAUCUCUUCACCCCUGUCAGUUUGGCAGACUUCCCCUCAUUGCCUCCAGUUUGACUCAGAGCCUUGCAGUGGCCAAAAUGGAGGGAGAUGCCUCCAGUGGAACAUGCUGGAAAUGGUCUUGUCCACAGCGCAGUCUGGGACUGGAGAAGACAUGACCCCAAGCUGACAAUGCCACUCGGGGACCCCUGGAGCCCUUUGUGUUCUUUGAGACCCCCUGAUGCCAUAUUUCAUGCAUAG